AUGCUCCGCAAUUCAGCAGAGGAACACCUUGAUGUAGAUGAAGGCGAGAUCUGUGAGUCUUCGAACCCUCCCAAAAUUGGGCUUCCUAUACCUGACCCUCCAAAAAUCUGGAAAGAAAAAAAACGCCGGAGAGGCAAGCAGGUCAAUAAGGGACGAGGAGUACGCAGAGCCGCCCAGGGGCUGCCCCAGCUGCCUUAUAAGCAGACCCCUGCAGCAACUGCACAAGAAGCGGACGAGGACGAGCCACCUCGUAAACGGCAAGCAGUCGAAGAACAGACUUUCUUUCUUCAACCACAACAAGAAGAAGAAGAAGAAGAUGAAGACGAGAUUCGUCCAAGGAUCGAGUCCCAUUACAACGAGGAUAAGCUGCCUCGUACACAGCAAGCAGCUCGAGGAAGGACCCUCAAUCCUCGACGAGAGGAAGAGGAAGAGGAAGAGGAAGAAGAGUUCGAAAUCCUUCGGAGCCUCAGGCCGGUGCGAAAAUCCCGCCUCGUUCAGGCCAAGAGCAAUCGGCAGUUGGCCCGAGAGAGGGUUUCCCGUCUUCAACAAGAAGAAGAACAAGAAGAGGAAGAAGCGGAGGAAGAAGCGGAAGAAGAAGAGCGCGAAGUCUCUUGGAGUCUUAGCCCAGUGCGAGUACCCCGCCUCGCCCAGGACAAAGAGCCUGAACAAGGGCUGCUAUUUGGCGAGCACUGCUACGUCCUCUGCCGACUCUCGUCAGCCAAGGCAGAGUCGAGCGUACAAAAUCCCGGCCUGACGCAUGCUCAGUUGACCGCGAUGAACGUUACGCGGCGAAUAAACGAAGGCAUAGAACUUGCCAGACGCCUGGUUGAGAAUUGUCCAGAGCGGCACACGUUUACAGACGUCACGGCAGUCCGUCUUGUUAGCCGUACUGUCGAAGGGCCAUCCUUCCUCAGAGCAAGUAACAAAUACACUAGGGCUAUCAGGGCCUACUUUGAAGAUCCCGCUCGUCGCGGCAAAAAGGUGACGCUGCUUAUCCGCGGACUGGAUGGCUUGGUCACUUCUAUGACUUCAAUGGAGUCGUUGUUGAUAUUUCUCAAGUCCGUUCAGGUCCAAGCUCAGUUUAUUUUUCAGUUCAACAAAGUCACUGAUAUGACCCGUCCAAACAAUAUACGCAAUUACAGAGGACUUGGUGGUAUCAUAGUCUUUAUGGAUACUGACUUCCAAAAUUACAUCGACAACAUAGGCAAGGUCAACAAGCAAUAUUCUAACCCAGACCUAACUAGGCUUGAGCAGAUCUGGAAAGAUGUCCAGGGAGACAAGUCUGGGGGUCAGGGUAUACAAGACAGAAAUACACUUCUUUCUGCUGACGCUACAAAGCCAGAGGGUGGCAAAAACGCCUCGUCUGUUGGUCGCAAAAAAGCGCGAUAG